AGCAGGAUUGAGAUGGUUAAUGGUGUACUGAUGAUCCACAGUGUUAAUCAAUCCGACGCUGGAAUGUAUCAGUGCGUAGCAGAGAACAAGCAUGGAGCCAUCUACGCUGGCGCUGAACUGAAGAUUUUAGCUUCUGCUCCAACUUUUCCCUUGAGUCAACUGAAGAAGACCAUUAUUAUUACCAAAGGCCAAGAAGUCACUGUGGAAUGCAAACCACAAGCAUCUCCCAAACCAACCAUUGGAUGGAAGAAAGGAGAAAAAACUGUGCGAGAAAACAAAAGGGUAACUGUUCUUCCAGAUGGAAGCCUGCAAAUUCUGAAUGCCUCCAAAUCUGAUGAGGGGAAAUACAUAUGCCGAGGAGAAAAUAUAUUUGGUUCAGCAGAAAUUACAGCUUCAGUAUUUGUUAAAGAGCCUACCAGGAUAGACCUGUCCCCCAAGAGGACUGAGCUCACAGUGGGAGAAAGCAUUGUCCUCAGCUGUAAAGCUUUUCAUGACCCCACCUUAGAUGUCAUCUUUCACUGGACUCUGAAUGGGCAGCCUAUUGAUUUUGAAAAAGAAGGAGGACAUUUUGAAAGCAUCAGGGCGCAAGCAUCUUCUGCAGAUUUAAUGAUCAGGAACAUCCUUCUGAUGCAUGCUGGAAGAUACGGCUGUGGGGUACAGUCUACAGCAGACAGCGUAUCAGAUGAGGCAGAACUUCUCGUUAGGG